AUGGUCGGCUCCUUCAUGCAAGGAGUGCUGCUCAUGGGCAUCAUCUAUUGGUACACCAGGGGGAUGCUCUCAUUAAUCAACGACUACUAUCGCACGGAAAUUCAGCGUAAAAUGCAAAUCAACGAACCGUUGAAUGAAUCGAGCGAUUUUAUUAGCGUCGAUCAGAUUGUCGAACAUCGUUUGGGAAUGAGCGAGGAGCAGCAAGAGCAAACAAUUGAGCGUACGCCACCACCAAUGAUGGAAUUAAAAGAUCCUGGCGGAGAUGAAAGGCUAGAGAGAAAAUCGAAAGACCGCGUGAGAAAUUUAUUAGCGCGUGAGGGUGUGUGCCUGCGCGAAAAGCGCUUAGAAGAAUUGCAUAGAAUAGUUAAACGGCCAAAAAAUAUUUGUUUGAUAAGUGAGAAUAUGUUAGCGGCGGCGAAAUGAGGUUACCACAAUAUAUAAGAAUAUUCAAGAAAUUACAACAAUACAAAUAUUAUAUACGCAAAUAUUGAGCGUAUUAAAAACAAGAAAAUGUAUUUUAAGUAUGAAAAAAAAAGAAAAAAAUUUAACAAACUAUUCAAGUUAUAAUCAAUAUAUGAAAUAUCUAUACUCUAUAUGCAAUCACAAAUACUCACACAGUUGCAGUUAUGUGCGCUGAACAUAUUUACUCAAACAACUUAACAAUAUUAUAUGUUGGAAUAUAAAAAGAAACAGUUAUAUGCGUAUACCCCGUCUCUAACACAUACCCUCGUACUAUGACCAGAAAUUUAAAUACUGGCACAUAUAAUAUCUUAUAAAAAACUAAAAAAACUAUGCAGUGGAUGCAGUGGUAUAAAAUGCAAAUUUUCAAUAUGAAAUGAGUUACCUAUCACAUAUAUACAAAAAAAAGAAAAAAAAAAAUGAUGUUUAAAUGAAAAUCUUUAAUAAAUAUAAAAUAAACAAAUACAUAAAUAAAAUAAAUUAAUUACUCAUAUAUGUAUACGUAGUUUAGAUCAGUGAGCCUGGUAUGAAUAUCAGCUUAAAUGAAGCAAGCAGCUUGAAUAAAAAUUCAGUAUCCUGUGUAAUUUUCUUCGAAA